UUAAAAUGGGAUAUUUGUUUUAUUAGAUACUUGAUUUUUUUACUUAAGUUUUUUCAUGUACGGUACAUUUGUUUUUAGAUCAGUUCUUGCAAUUAUUCAAGUAAACAAAUGUAAGAAAAUAAGUUAAACAACUUUGUUUUUUGCUAAGUUAAGCCAUUUUGGUUUAAAAUAAGAAUUUCCAGAAAGAAAAAAAUGGUUUUUUUUCAUAUAAUGAUUAGAAAUGUAGAUUUUCUUACUAUAUGUGUUGAUAUAUAUUAUUUCAUGUUACACUCUUGUCUAUUUUAAGCAUAUGCUAAUUAUUUGGCCUGAAAUCAAUCCAAUAAAUAUCCUUAUACACUCAUCUUAUGCUGACAAAAAAAACACUCAUCAUAUAUCUCCAACUUUGACACAUGUGAUGGAAACUUAAAAUCAAUACUAAAUUUAGACAAAUUAAACAAAGAUGAAUUAACUAUUUUUAGUUAUUUUACAAAUCAUUUUAAUAUCCUACAACAUUUUAUUUUAAAUGCUUAAUAAGAUUUCCUCAAUUAUUAAAGCAUUUGAGUACUGUUUUGGUAUAUCAAAAGUUAAAAUUGAUAUACAGCAGUUUAAAAGGAAAAAAUAAUAAAAAUAUAAGAAAUAAAUAGUGUAAAAUAAAUAACCACUUUUGGUUCAGAUAACAUUUUUUUACAAAAUGUAUUUGUCUAGAUACCAUAACAACAAGCAUUUGAAAAUCAUCUUUAUUAUUGAUAUUAAAAUUUGUAUAUUACAUAAAAAGAACUUUUGUAAAUAUGUGCAUUAGAGGGAAAAAAAUUGUUUAGUUUUGAUUAACAUUUUGAAGUUGCUUACUAAUAAAAGUUAAUAAUAAUCAUUUUCAGACCACUAUUCUGAACCACCUUUUUUUGAAACACCUUCUGAACCUAUAAAUUUGUUUUUUUUCAGAACUAAAAGGUAAUAGUUAAUGAAAAAGGGCAAAACAAAGAUAAGAAUUAUUUCAAGAGUUGAAGCACUAUCAUCAUCACCAAACCAAAAGUUUGAAAGCUUUCAAAAGCAUAUAAAUACAUAACUCUCGAAAGUGUUGAUAUCAUUGGUUCACUCAUAGCCACUUCUCUCUUGUAUCUCCUUGUUUUCUCCUCUAAUCAUCACAUUUUCACAAUGGUUUCAAGAAGAAAAUCUGAUCUACUUUCAAAUUUACCUGAUUGCCUUCUUGUUACAAUCAUAUCUCUCUUGCCCUUCAAACAAUCUGUUCAGACAAGUAUUCUCGCCAGACGAUGGAAGAAUCUUUGUCUUGAAACAACAAACCUCGUAUUCAAAGAAUCUGAGUUUGUGAACCUAUCUACUGAUACAGAAACCAUAAAGUCUAAGAGAAGUUUGUUUGUUAGCACUAUGUGUCAAUGGAUCUCUAGCUUUACUGGUGAAGUCAUUGAAAGUUUAGAGUUUUCUCUCUCUGAACCAGUGUCUUUCGAGAAAGCGAUCGUAUCUCUAACCGAAUUUGCAGCCUCAAAACAAAUAAAAAGUAUAACUAUUGAUUUCUCAAGCCCUGCCUCAAGAAAAAUUGAUGUAAUAGAGCAUUUGGUCACGUUGAUGCAUUAUCAAAAUACUGAAUUCGAUAUUACUCGUAUCUUUUUCAAUCUGAUACAUGUUAGGAACCUGACGAUCUGCUCUUUUCUUAUUCAGAUGAUCCAAGAGUGUGAAGAUCCUAUGGAAAUGCAUGAUGCGAUGGAAGCACGACAUUUGGUGAUGAGGACUAAUCUGCAUGCAAAUGAGUUCGUGGGCAUUACAAUAUUUCUUAAUAGCUGUCCAGAACUGGAAUCUCUCACGUUCCAUAUGGAUACUACUGAGCGUAUCGUGAGAAUUUCGAUGCCAUUAGAUCCGAAAGUGUUUUGGCUGACCAACGACACGUAUGAAUGUUUGGAAAGGACACUUAAACUUGUGAAAAUAAAAAACUUUCGUGGCGGCUCCAACGAGUUACAUGUUCUGAAGUACCUGAUCAGAAGGGGGCUCGUGAUGGAACAGCUUGACCUUUAUGAGGCAAAGGGAUUGAACGAUGAUCAAAGGAGGUUGGUACUGACUGCAGCCGAGGAGGUUCAGAAGAAUGUCGGGAGAGGUUCGAAGCAUUUGAGAAUUACUUUGCACAAGGCUUGAUUGAAGCAUUUUAGUGUUUUUCUAGUGAAAACUGGAAACUAAUCUUUGCUAAUUAUGCCUAUCAGCUAAUAUUAAGGAUGGAUAUCUCAAUGUUUUAUACUUUUUUUUUUAACAACACUUUUAUUAGUACUUUUAUUUGUAUAUGAAAAAUUAGUUGUUUGGUUUGGUUAGAAAAUUUAAUUGUUGUAGUUUUAGGUUUUUUUUUUUUUUUUCAGAACAUUACCUUAUCUUUAAUAAUAUUAAUUUGAGAUUUUAUAGUAAAAGUAAAUUAUAUCACAUUUUUAACUAAGCAAAAAAAUAGUAAAAUAUAAAUACAAAUACACAACAAAAUUUUGAAUUCACUAAGUUUACCAUAUAUUUCUAAGAUCCUUCUAUGUCAUUUGAAAAAAAAAAAUUGAAAAUUUUUUUAGGGCAAUUCUCUCAAAUAGCUAUUUUUAAUUUUUUGUUACAAAAAUAGUUCUAAGAAAAUAAAAUGACCAAAAUAGUCCUAUUUUAUUUUAAAAAAAUUAAUAUUUAUUUUUUAUUUCUAAAAAUUUGAAUUCAUCCCAAAAACUCAACCCUUUAACUCUAAACCCUAAGUCUUAGAUUAGUUAACCCUAAGGUUAUAAAUGCAUAUUUACCCUUCAAUAAAAUCUCUUUUGGUCAUUUUCUUCCUUGAAAGUCUAUUUUUGUGAAAAUAAACUAAAAAAAGUUAUUUAAGAGAAUUUCUCAAAGUUGAUCCAAAAAAAAAGGAAUUUCUUAAUUUAAUUUUUUCCUAUGAUAGCACUAAAAAAAUAAUAUCACAGAAAUAGUUUGCAAUAAUCAAGAUAGAUUUUAUUAAAGAGAUAAUAGACAUUUAUAUUCUUUAAAAUUAACUAAUUUAGAUUUAUGAUUUUUUUUUUUGAUAAUCCAGGUAAUCCGAAGACUCCGGAAGGAACCCGACUAGCGCCUAAGUACACAUCCGCAGAAGGUAUCCUGGAGGGCGUCUUUUUCAUCCCAUUUUAAUCGAUGGUAGCCAGCGGGAUUCGAAUCCGGAUCCGUAUUGGGGCCAAAGCUCCCUCAAGACCACUGGACCGUCCUCGCUUGGUUAGACUUAUGAUUUAGAUUGAGAGGGUGAAGUUUGAGUUUAGGAUUUAUAAUAAUAAAUUUUAAGAAAAUCUCAAAAAAAAAAACAAAGUGGAUUUCGAAUUUUUUUUUUUAAAUAAAAAAAUAAGUGAGAAAUAAAUUCAAAAAAGUUUUGAAUAUUUAAUUAAGUUUUUGCAAAAAAAAAUAUCUAUUUAUAUUUAUAUAUUUAUGUAGAGUAAGUGUAUAAUUGUCAUUUACCAAACUUGUUUUGAUCAUUUUUUUUAAUAAGUUCUUUUGGUAAAAAAAUAUCUUUUGCGUCUUUUUGGAGAUUUACCCAUAAAUAUAUACUUAAGUUGUAAUUAAACGAUUUUAAAUUGUUUUCUCUUGAUAUCAGGUCAAUCCCUUUCCAAGAUUAUCAAAUCACAUGUUUUUUCUCGUCCAGUGCAAUUAAUCAAUUCAUGAU